GAUUCAGUCAAGCGAGCUUGGCCGGACCGCCUCGCCCCAGAGCUGGCCGGAGCCGCCCAGCCCGCAGAGCUCUCUGCGGAGAACAAGGACCGAUCACAGCCUUCCCCCUCCUGCCAGGAAAAUCAGAGAGAAUGAAAGCUUAUCUGAAGAGUGCAGAUGGCUUUUUUGUCCUAAAUAAAAGCACCACGAUCGGCAAGCACACGGACUCAGACCUCAUCCUACAGUCCACAGACACUGACAACCACCACGCGCUCAUUGAAUUUGACGAGGCCGAGGGAAGCUUCAUCCUUCAGGACUUCAACUCCAGCAAUGGCACAUUUGUCAACGAGUGCCACAUUCAGAACGUGGCUGUGAGGCUGAUCCCGGGAGACAUCCUGAGGUUCGGGUCGAUGGGGUUGACCUACGAGCUGGUCAUCGAGAAUCCCCCCCAGGUCUCCUGCCCCUGGGCAAGGGGCCCAGCACCUUGGCCAAGGCAGCAGCCACCUCGGACCACACAGCAACCGUACCAGUCAUCCAUACCACCUCACAUCCCCUUCCACCAGGGCAUCCGGCCAUCAACCAUGCAAAGAAGCUGGUCCCAGAGUUUCCCCAGGAGCACCACGGUCCCACCUGCCUCCCAACAGCAGCCUAUGAGUCCUAGUGGAAAGACGUUGUCUUUUGGGAUGCACCCCAAGUCCCCAGUCAUCAAGCAAGUUUGGGCCAGUGCUGUGGAACUGUCCGAACAUUGUGUGGCAGAGGGACUUGCUGGGGCAGUACCUCCCACGGAGAUCUAUGUGGACCAGGACCUGGACCAGCAGGACAAGGAUGAGAUCAUUCUGCUACUGGGAAGAGAGGUCAACCGGCUCUCAGAUUUUGAAAUCGAAUCCAAAUACAAAGACGCUGUGAUAAUGAAUCUGCAGAACGAAGUAGCUGACCUGAGUCACAGGCUGUCCAAGACCAUGGCCUCCAGGCAAAGCGACAGGGGUGCCCCAAAGUUCCAGGGCCCGGAUGAAGGCACCGAUCAAAGGCAGAAAGAGAUUGAGAGCAUGAAGAGCCAGAUCAGUGCCCUUCAGAACGGCUACAACCAGGUGUUAUGCCAGACUCUAUCAGAGCGCAACUCGGAAAUCGCAACCCUGAAGAGCGAGGGGGAGAACUUAAAGAGGGACCAUGCUGUCACAUCAGGAAUGGUGACAUCUCUGCAGAAGGACCUGUUAUCGAGGAACGAACAGAUCCAGAGGCUAAAGGAAGAGGUGACUCAGCUGAAGAGCGGAAACCAAGAGAAGGCGCAGCAGCUGGAGGCCCUGGGCUCCAAGUGUUCGGUGCUGAAAGAAGAGUUAAGAAAGGAAGAAAUGAAACAGGAGCACAGGGAGGCCCUGGAGAAAGAGUUGAAACUCUACAAAAGUCAAAUACAAGACAUGGAGAAAGAAGUGAAGAAACUCAGAGAGGAGCUGAAGAAGAGCUGUUGUGACCAGAACACCAUCUCCAGGACUCUGCGAGAGAAGAGCAAGGUUGAAGAGAAGCUUCAGGAAGAUUCCAGAAGGAAAUUGCUUCAGCUGCAAGAAAUGGGAAACAGAGAGAGCCUCAUUAAAAACAAUUUGGCAAGGGCAGUAGGUCAGCUGGAGCAUUUCAGAAGCCAGGUCAUCAAGGCCACCUUCGGACGUACAAAGCCCUUCCGUGACAAGCCCGUCACCGACCAGCAGCUGUUAGAGAGGAUUAUCCAGGUCACUGAGGACAACCUCAGUUUCCAGCAGAGAAAGUGGACCCUGCAGAAGGAAACCCAACUAAGCAACUCCAAGCAGGAGACCGAAGAGAGUGUGGAGAAGCUGCAGGAGCUGCUGGACAGCUGCCAGGCCUGUAUGAAGAAGCCUUGUGGCAGUGGCGACCUGAAGAGGGAGGUGGAACGCCUUCAGCUCCUUCAGCUCAGCCCACCCAUGUCAGGGCUGCAGAAGGCCACACUGGACAUCCUGAGCGUGUCACUGUCCUGGCUGGAGGAAACAGAACAGCUGCUUGGGGACCUCAGCAUCCACCUGUCGGGCGCUGACAAAGGGUUCUCUCUGUAUCUAAUAUAUCUUAUGGAACAUUACAAGAAAAUAAUGAGCCAGACUGAGGAGCUUCAGGGCCAAGUGAAUGCUUCUCAGGAAACUCAACAGUCCAUGCUGCAUGAACACCUGGCCGAGAAGGAGAAGCUGAAGGAGGAGAGGAUGGAGCAAGAGGAGAAGCUAAAAGCCACAAUCUGGCAGCUGACGGUUGAGAAGGAGGCUUUGGAGGAGAGCUUUGCUGAGGAGAAACACAGGGCUCAGGAGGCCCUGAAGGAGGAGCAGAAGCGAGUUCAAGAGCUGGAGAGUCACUUGUCCUGCCAGAAGGAGGUCUUGGAGAACACCUUGGCUCAUGAGAGAAGAAAAGUGAAGGAAGCACUGGAGGUGGAAAGGAGGAGGAUACAGGACCUGGAGAACCAGCUGACCCAACAGAAGGAGAUCUCCGAGAACAACCUUGCCUAUGAGAGACUCAAAAUGGGAGAGGCCUUAGAGAAGGAAAAGAGGAGGGUGGAGGACCUGGAGAACCACCUGACCAAGCAGAGAGAGGAAAUAGAAUUAAAAGGGCAAAUAGAGAAUGUUUUAAAUAAUAAAUUGAACGAUGCCCUGGCCAUGGUAGAAGAGACUCGGCAGAUGAAGACAGCGGAGGUCCUGAAAGCAGAAUGCCUCACCCUGAAGUUAAAUGAAACAUUAGCCGAGCUGGAAACUGCCAAGACAAAAGUGAUCGUGACGGAGGAUCAGGUGAGGCUGCAGCAGCAGGCAAUGAAGGCCCUCCAGGAGGAGCAGGAAUCCCAGAAACACGGCUUUGAAGAGGAAAUUGCGGUGUACAAGGAGCAGAUCAGGCAGCACUCCCAGACCAUCGUGAGCUUGGAGGAGAGGCUCCAUCAAGUGACUCAACACCACAAAAAAAUUGAAGGAGAAAUCGCAACGUUGAAGGACAUUGACCCAGCUCAGAAAGAGGAAACACCCCAAGAGCCUCUAUCAUCACCCCCAUUGGACAGCAAUACCAAAGAGAUGACAUGCGACUACUUGAUAGAGGACUUACUGACUGCUCAGAGAGAAAUCCUGUCUCAGCAAGAGGUCAUCAUGCGGCUGAGGACAGACCUCAAUGAUGCCCACAGCCGGAUGUCAGAUCUGAGAGGUUUGGCUUCCCAAGAGAAGCACAGACCCCACCUGAGUGGGGAGAAGGAGCAGAAGUCCAGGAGUCUGACCCAGAAGUGUGACACAUCAGUGCAGAUAGAGCCAGUACACCCGGAUGUAUUCUCCAGCUGCCAAGAGGAGCAGUCCUUCAGCGAUCUGGGGGCCAAGUGCAAAGGGUCCCGACACGAGGAGAUUAUUCAGCGCCAGAAAAAGGCCUUGUCGGAACUCCGUGUACGAAUCAAAGAACUGGAGAAGGCCAACUCUUCUAAUCAUAAGGACCAUAGGAAUGACUCCUUUCUAGAACUAAAGACCCUCAGAGUGGAAAAAAAUGUCCAGAAAACAUUAGUGGACACAAAGCGUGAAUUGCCGACUCUGUCAAGAAUAGAGAUCCGAUCGACUCAGAACGGCCUUUUCAACUCUGGCUCCAGUGCCGCCAUUGAAAAGUCAACAAAAACAGAUGCUGCGGAGGCCUUAGAGCUCAGUGAGAAGCUGUACAUGGACAUGAGCAAGACUCUCGGGAGCCUGAUGAACAUCAAGGACAUGUCAGGCCACGUGUCCAUGAAGCACCUCUCCCCCAAGGAGCGUGAGAAGGUCAACCAUCUCCGACAGAAGGACCUGGAUCUGGUGUUUGAUAAGAUCACCCAGCUCAAGACCCGGCUGCAGAGGAAGGAGGAGCUCCUAAGGGGAUAUGAGCGAGACCUGGAGCAGCUCAGGCAGAGCAAAGUUUCUGUUCAGACGUACCAGACGCAGGUGGCAAAGCUGGAGGACGAUGUCUACAAAGCGGCUGAGGAGAAGGCGUUGCUGAAGGAGGCCCUGGAACGCACAGAGCAGCAGCUGUACCAGGAAAAGAGACUCAACAGGGCCUUCAGGCAGCAGAAGGAGCAAGUAGCAGAUCAUGAACAGAAAAACGUAAAAGAAUCAGCUUCUUGCAGCUGCUCCUUCAAAGAGAACGAGAGGCAGAGACGCAUGUUUGUAGAGAUGGUGAAGAACAAGCUACACAACUCGAAUCUCCAGGCUGGAGGCAAGAAAGCCACCCUGAAGAUAGGCCAAGAAAGAGAGACGAAGAAAGAGGUCUGCAAGUCCAGCCAGAGCCUGUCAUUUUCUAAGCCUGUUGCAAAGAACUAG